GGCCGAUGUAAUCGGGAAAAGCCGCCGUGCAAAUAUUUCCAUCCACCGCAGCACCUGAAGGACCAGCUUUUGAUAAACGGGCGUAAUCAUUUAGCUUUGAAGAAUGCGCUGAUGCAGCAGAUGGGCCUCACACCGGCCCAGCCGCUAGUGCCUGGCCAGGUACCAGCAGUGGAGGCACCGGCACCUCCGGCACCACACCAUCACCUUCAACAGCAAAUCCAGCAGCAACUUCUCGCUACCCACGCCUUUAUGGCGACGAACCCGUACCUGACCGGUAUGCCGCAGGUUGGCAACACGUACAGCCCGUACUUCGCGCCGAGUCCGAUCAUGCCAGCGAUCAUGGGCCCGGCGGAUCCAACAGGAGUCGGGAGCCCGUUGGGCGUGGUGCCGCAGACGGUGGCGAUGCCGCAGAAGAUGCCACGUACCGACCGCCUCGAGGUAUGUCUACCACCAAACUACAUUCAACAACAACAACAACAGCAACAACAACAACAACAACAGCAUGGGGCCCAACACGGCGCAGCCGGGGCCUCAAGGUGCCCGAUGGCCGCGCCCAAUACCGUGUACCAAGUGCCGGCCGGUCCCCCCAAUCAGGUGUCACCCGUUUCCACGAUGCAAUCUGUCAAUCAUCCGCCAUCCCCGACCACCAUCACCACCACCUCCUUCUGUACCCCGUUGCACAAUCCACACGCCCACCACCACCCCAUCCACAACCUGAUCUACGUCCACGCGUACUAUUGAAAUCGAUCGACGUCGUCGAUGCAGCUCUCUUCUUUCCCCCUUUCUUUUCUCACUCACGUUUUAUCGUUUUCUCACCCCACUUUCGCGCGUGCCGGCACCGCCGGUUCUCUCGCGUCUUCUUACGCCUUACGUUUCGUACCUUGCCGCCUCCUCGGCGUCCACCACGGGAUCGUUCCCAUCGUGGAUCGCUCAACGCUUUCGGAAAGAAGAGACCGGUCAACGCCGUUGAUUUUCACGCCGUUCGGGAGUAGAUGCUCGGGGGAGAACAUUCCCAGGCUGGGGAACUUGGCUGGCUCGCUCUCGUUCUCUCGAAAGUCGGCACGCGUUUUUCGCGGAACGAGAACGGAAUCUCCCGGUGAUGAAUCUUAUAUUUAUAUGAUAUGUAUUGUAUUCGAUAAACGGUAUAAUCUGCUCUCUCCGGGAAAUAAAGACGAAAAAUAAUACACCGAAAAAGAAGAAAAAAAAAAGAAAGGGAGAGAGAAAACACACGUCGCGAAAUAAAAAAAGAAAGGGAAAAAAAUUCAGCUUCGUUGCCGCUCUAUUCCGGCUAGACGAGCCGAGAACAGAAAUUAUUUUAUUCGAUUCCCGUUCGAUCGGGAUCGGGAAUUAUCGGGAUGUUUCAGCGUUGUCGCGCCGGAUCAUCCGGCAAAAAAAAGAAAAAAAAAAAAAAGAAAACACUGCACCGUGACGAUGAUUUCACGGGUCGCUUGUAGCCAGGAGAACGAACUGGAGCGAAACGAAGCUCGCUAAUGACGGAACAGAAGGGGCGAGAGUAUGGGAUGUAAAAGGCGGGGCCCGAGAUAGUGGAAAUGGGCUAUACGAUUUCUAUAUAAUCUUUUCAGUAAUCACUUAGUACGGUUAUCAUAGCACUGUACUGUAUAUGGUGUACGGGGGAUCUCGGCUACGAUAAGUGAAAAUCGCAUUACACGACGGUAGAGGGUAGAGUUUUUUCGAGUCUGCUUUUUUUUUUUCUUUUUUUUUUUUUUUUUCCUGUUUAAUUGCGGAGAUUGUACACCGACAACCGAAAAAAAAGAAAGAAAGAAAAAAAAAAAAGAAGAAACAACUGUUAAUGGCAACGACGAAACGAAACGUGAUGAUAAUUGUUACUACUAGGGAGAAGAGUAGGUGG